ACGCGCCCCGCUGGUUUGUUGUGUGUAGCAACCGUUACUGAGGAGAAGUGAGGAGGAGUGAGGAGGAGUAAGGAGGAGUGAGGAGGUCUGAGGAGGUCUGGAGACAUGUCCACUGCGCUCGAUGAGACAGCAGCAGAUGUCCCAGUCAGAGACAUCGCAGUCAACCUGUCUCGACUCACCGCUGCUCUGCAAGACCCGUGGGUUCAUCAAAAUGCUCGGACCCGCCAGGACAUCUCGCGGGUGUCCAGGGAGGAGCUGGAGGAUCGGUUCCUGCACCUCCAUGAUGAGAAUCUGCUCCUUAAAGAGCACAACAACAAACAGGAGGACAAGAUCAAGAAGCUCAGCACCAAGCUGAUGAAGCUGGUGAAGGACAGAGGUCGAAUGGAGCAGCUCGCCGCCGGCGUAGCGCAGCCGGUGUCCAGGGUCCGAGACGUGGAGAUGGAGGAAAUGAUGGAGGAGCUCCAGGAGAAGGUGCGGGGACUACAGGCGGAGAACGAGGGACUGAAACAGCGUCUUCUUGUGGCCAAACAUCAGCUCAUCAACACGCAGAGCAGGAGGCCAUCGCCUUACAGACACGUCCAGUCACGGGUCAACACCGGAUUAAAGAAGUUGCCGGACGACACGUCAGCGCCCUCUCGACCCAAAAUUUCCAGGAAUUUGGACGGAGGAGGGCGGCCUCCCAGCAGCCAGCUGCCCCGAUACGGACACAGUCUGCUGGAGGAGGCGAGGGCGGAGAUCCGCAACCUAGAGAAAGUGAUCGAGGCUCAGCGGAGCCACAUGGAGGAGACGGAGGGAGAGCUGGAGCAGCUGUGGGAGGAGCUGAGGAAGAAAGAGGCUGAGUACGAAGAGAGACUCCAGCAAGUCCGACAGCAGCAGACCAACAAACUUAGGUCACAUGUCAACGACAACAUGACGAUGAUCAAACUGCAGAAGCAGCUGGCCGUCAGGUCCAACGCAGUAACAGAGCUGGAGGGUCGAUUUCUACAGCUACAAGAGAGUCAGCGGAUGCUGAAGGCCAGUCACGACGCGGCGAUGCUGAAGGUGGACGAGCUGUCGGCUCAGCUUAAAGACGAGAGGCUGAAGAGUCUGGAGAUGGAGAAACGGCUGCAGAGCUCCAACACAUCCAAGAUCAGGAUGGAGCAGCUGCAGCAGCAGAUCUGGGACCUGCAGCAGGAGAGAGACCUUCUGAGGGAGAACAACGACCAACUGGUGAACAGCGCCUUCGACGUAUCUCAGCAACAAAAAUGGCAGAUCCAGGAGCAGCAGCUGAAGUUACAGAUCGCACAGCUGGAGACGGCGCUGAAGGCCGACCUUGUCGACAAAAAUGAAAUCCUCGACAAAAUCAAGGCCGAGAGGG